AUGGGAUGGGCACCUAAAUCGUUUGAAGAAGGAAUAGCCGGGCUCAAGAAGGCAAGUUGGAAAAAGACUGUAAAAAGGCGUCUCAGAAGAACAGACGUGCUGAUCAUCGAUGAGAUCAGCAUGGUCAGUAGCGAUUUCUUGAACCGCAUGAAUGAUUGUUUGAAAGAGGUGAAAUGGGGAAGAGAAGCUGGCGCCCCAGCUUUUGGCGGCCUCAAACUCAUCGUUACUGGGGACUUUUGCCAGCUGGCCCCCGUCAAGCCUUUCGAGUUCUGCUACGUAUGUGGUGCCCGUCUUAAGCCCAACGAAGCACUUGGUAUAUACAGAUGUCCCAAAUUCAGUGGCCAUGGAUCCUGGGCGGAUGAGGACAAAUGGGCCUUCAGAAGCGCUGCAUGGGCUGAGGCCAACUUUGCUUGCUUCAACUUGACCCAGAUUCAUCGUCAGAACGACCCGGUGUUUAUGAGAAUGUUGCAGAAGUGCAGACUGGGAUUUCCCUUCACCGACAACGAUAUUGACCUUCUUAUGAAUCACGACUGCGAGGUUGAGGAUGCGCCACAGCUCCUCUGCACAAGGAACGAGGUCGACCCUAUCAAUAAAGACAAAUUCAAUGCAAUCACGGGAUUCCAGAAGAGGCAGUAUAGAGUCCUUGAUGGUUUUGAUUGCAGAGAGCGACAUGCCCACGAGUUCGAGCGUUACUUCGAAACGCUACCCGAUACUACACUAAAGGUUCAUAAAAAUCACCAGCUGGAACUAGUCGUGAACCUCAAGGAAACAAUGCAGGUCAUGCUUCAAGUGAAUCUGGACAUCCGAGCUGGACUCGUCAACGGAAGCCAGGGUGUUAUCUGCGGUUGGGAGAAAAUCGACUUGGUGAGAUUGCCAGAACUCACAGGUGAACACUCCGAUGUCAGACAACACUUUGUCCGGCUGUUUACUAUUCAACACUUGAAGCUCCACCCAGAUGCGGAAGACCAAUUCUGGCCAGUCGUGAGGUUCAACAACGGACAGACUCGGACAAUCUACCCAUGGUGUGUAGCAAACGCCGUCGGCCUUGAUGCGCCUUAUUCCUUCUUACACCGAACGCAAAUACCUCUUGUUCCUGGCUGGGCUAUUACUGUCCACAAGAGUCAGGGCAUGACUCUCGAGCGUGUUAUUGUGAACUUGACCUCGGCCUUUGCGGAGGGGCAAGUUUAUGUCGCACUGUCGAGAGCGACCAGUCUUCGCGGCCUGAAGGUUACAGGCAGUGCACUGGGUCUAACGGUAGGAGAGGGAGGGAAUGAAGAGGUUCGUCAGUUUCUUGGUGACACUUUUGGCACUGGGAUAUUUGAACAGCUUCAAGAUGAGGAACACGAUGAAUCUUAG